CAGUCCGAUCAGUCUAUUGAAGCAUUCAGUGCUUUUGAAUACGUCGGGACGCAAACCAUUACUCCGCCGACAGAUUUCAAACCACUUCAAGAGACUGUGAGAAGACAUUUAAGCAACUCUACCGUUAGGUCGAGUCGUACUUCCGAUGUUGUCUUCACGGCCUUAAAACUUUUGAAUGAAAAGUUUUCUGGAGAUAUCAAUAAAGCGAUUCCGAAGACCCUCUUUGACGCUUACUUCAAGUGUUCGGUGCACUGUCUCUCCUGCAGCUCUCAAUGUGUGUAUUCGAUGAACCAUUUGCGAGACGGUGUGUCCCACUCGGCGCACAGCAAAUGCAAAUUUCAACACCAGUUUAAUAAUCAGAUCUACAUCUGUCGGGUGUGUCAUAACGAUAGGGGAGAGAUCAAUACAGUCAUACCAAAGACCACCGCAUCCGACGAGUCCUCACUGCUUGGUAUCGCUAAAUACGCGUGGAGUGGAUAUAUACUCGAGUGUAAGGUCUGUGGCGUUAUAUACCGGAGC